AUGGCGAUCGUCGGCGUGAUGCUGUCGGCCUUCCGUCUGCGGGGCGCCUCCCUCGCGCCGCCGAACCCCUUGGCGGGCGCCCGCUGCGGGGAGCGGGGGUUGGUGCCCAACCCCGGCGAGGGCGGCCGCCCUGGGGGGACAGGCAUCACGGACGAAAGCGUCGCGCUGGACCAGCCCGCGCGGCGGCCGCUGCGGGCGGCGCUGAAGGCGGCUCGCCCAGGAAGCGCGCGCCCGCGGCACUUCGAGGUCGCGCAGGCGCGGGGAGCCUUCAACCGGGCCGCCGAGCGCCUCGGGCUGGAGGCGCAGCCGCCGCGGUGCGCGCUCCGCCACAGCGCGGCCAGCGACGACCUGCCGGCGCCCAGGCGCGCGCUCUCGGAGGUGAAGGACCGAGGGCGCUGGGCCACGGACUGCUCGCUCCGCCGAUCUGCCAAGAGGGCCGAGCUCCAGCGACAGAUGAACUCGUUGUCGGAAGAGGUUGUCGCCUUCGGCCAGAAGACGAAUCCACGCCUGGCCUCGAUCUUCGAGAGCGCAGCCCUACAGAGGACCUCCCCGUGGGAUGCGACUGCGAUCGUGACCUCAUCGUCGCCCGGGCAUCAGAGGCCCGCGCUGGCGGCCAGGUGGGCGGCUAUCUGAUUCGGGCGUUGACGACGGCCCUCAGGAACGCUUCGGCGAGGCCUCGCUCUGUCUGCAUCUGCGAUGGCGCUACUUCUUGGCCGAUCGCGAUGCGAUUGCGCACCUUAGGGUAUGCCGCCCUGUUCAUUGAUCUCAAGAGGCAUCUUGAGGUCGAGCGGCCUCGACCCGCAGUGCGCCAAAGAAUCUUGGGGUGGCUUGGGGGCUCUGUGGUUUUGGGCGUCUG